GCGGCUCGGGGAUUGGCGGGCGCUCCGCGGUUCUCGCAGCUCUUCAGCGGAGCCGGGAAGAGCCGCGCGUCUGCGCACCAGCCCCCGCCCGGGGCCCGCCGCCCGCGCUCUCUCGCGCAGCGCUAGCUUCCCCGCGCUCCGCAGCCCAGCACCGACACCCCUGGGCAUGAGCGCCCCCUCGACGCUGCCCCCUGGGGGCGAGGAAGGGCUGGACACUGCCUGGCCCCCCGCAGCCAACGCCAGCAGCGCCCCGGCGGAGGAGGAAGAGGUGGUGGCGGGGCGCGGGGGCGCAGGGACGGCGGGCAUGGUCGCCAUCCAGUGCAUCUACGCGCUGGUUUGCCUGGUGGGGCUGGUGGGCAACGCCCUGGUCAUCUUCGUGAUCCUUCGCUACGCCAAGAUGAAGACGGCUACCAACAUCUACCUGCUCAACCUGGCGGUCGCCGACGAGCUCUUCAUGCUGAGCGUGCCCUUCGUGGCCUCGUCGGCCGCCCUGCGCCACUGGCCCUUCGGCUCCGUGCUGUGCCGCGCGGUGCUCAGCGUCGACGGCCUCAACAUGUUCACCAGCGUCUUCUGUCUCACGGUGCUCAGCGUGGACCGCUACGUAGCCGUGGUGCACCCUCUGCGCGCGGCGACCUAUCGGCGGCCCAGUGUGGCCAAGCUCAUCAACCUGGGCGUGUGGCUGGCGGCCCUGCUGGUCACUCUCCCCAUCGCCAUCUUCGCAGACACCAGACCGGCUCGCGGCGGCCAGGCCGUGGCCUGCAACCUGCACUGGCCACACCCGGCCUGGUCGGCAGUCUUCGUGGUCUACACUUUCCUGCUGGGCUUCCUGCUGCCCGUGCUGGCCAUUGGCCUGUGCUACCUGCUCAUCGUGGGCAAGAUGCGCGCCGUGGCCCUGCGCGCUGGCUGGCAGCAGCGCAGGCGCUCUGAGAAGAAGAUCACCAGGCUGGUGCUGAUGGUCGUGGCUGUCUUUGUGCUCUGCUGGAUGCCCUUCUAUGUGGUGCAGCUGCUGAACCUCUUCGUGACCAGCCUGGAUGCCACCGUCAACCACGUGUCCCUCAUCCUCAGCUAUGCCAACAGCUGCGCCAACCCCAUUCUCUACGGUUUCCUCUCCGACAACUUCCGCCGAUCCUUCCAGCGAGUUCUGUGCCUGCGCUGCUGCCUCCUGGAAGGAGCUGGCGGGGCUGAGGAGGAGCCCCUGGACUAUUAUGCCACUGCUCUCAAGAGCAGAGGUGGGGCAGGGUGCAUGUGCCCCCCGCUUCCCUGCCAGCAGGAGCCCCUGCAACCAGAACCCAGCCGCAAGCGCAUUCCCUUCACCGGGACCACCACCUUCUGAAGAGUCCUCCCCCGACCCGCCCUGCAUGGCCACCUCUCAAGGGGCCGGCACCAUUCCUACAGCCCCGAAAACUGCAUCUCCUUGAUGCUCACCUAAGCUCCACCACCUGUUCCUUCCAGCAGCGCAUGUGCCAGCUGGGGAGUGUCAGAAGUCUGCUGCUGCUCUCCUCUCCCCAGCACUCUGGCUUUCAGAAGGAUGCUUUGGGUAGGACUCCUUGGGAACUGGGCUAGGAUAUUAAUAAUUCCUGAACCUCUGGCUGUUCUUCAAGGGCUGGGAAGCAGGAGGUGGUGAGAAAUGAAUGGCCCCUGUGUGUGACUCGUCACAGCCGCUGCUUUGGAGAGAACUUAAGAGGGUGAAGGCAGGUAGCACCCUUCCUCACUGCAGACGCUCUGCCUUGUGGUGGGAGAACAGCUUGCACAGAAAAGAGGAGGAAGGAAGAUGCCCGCAAGUACCUGUCCUCUGUGUCUCUUCCUGGGCUCUUGUUGCUACGUGAGACUUAUGUCAACAGAGUGGGACACUUGUUUCUCUUCCCCCUCACUCCCCACCUGGGGAAAAUACCUGCUUGCUGUCCCAAGUGCCUCCCUGGGGUGUCCUGGGCUGGGAGCAGUCUACCUGUGAGUAGAAAAGGUUUGGAGAGGCAUGGCAUGGGGCUUAUUGCAAGGCAUAAAACCAGGUCAGUAAUAACAAAGCAGAGAAGAUAAAAACCUCGUCUAGCUUCUAUGAUGUAAUUUUUGUCCCUGAUCCUUUGAUGUGGGAAAAUGAGAACUCAUUAAGGCAGCAAUUUAUACUGUGGUGGUGAGUGGGAGGGGAGCCAUGGGCGGGGAAAGAGCAGAGAGCAGCGAGGGAUGGGAACCAGCCCAGGUUUUACACAGAGGAGGCAGCGUCAUCACCCACUAUUUUAGAAUGUCAUCGUUCAGUAAAACAUCAGCCACAUUAGAUAUUAACAUGUAAGUUGAACACAAUAAGAGGCUGUAACUUUGUUGCCUGAUGUGUUAACCAAAGGAUAAAUCGUCUUUCCCAAGAGGAAAGAGCAUAAGAGGAGCUUUAAUUCUGCUUUCUGAUAAAAGCAGGGGAGGGGGCAAAGGAGAACUUGCAACACUUAUGUUAGCAUCUGGUGUAACAACAGAGGAACAUGUAUGACGUGCUGUUUGUGGGGCCCCACCUGGCUUCACAUUCAGAGUUAAGCCACCGGCCUGGGUUUAGCUGCCGGCCUGAUUCUGGAUGACCAUUCUGAUGGUGUGGAGAAGUUGGUGUGGGGAGGGGGAGACACAGCCAAAGGGCAACACCCUAUGCUAUUUCGAGUGGUCAGCCUCACAGACCGCUCAGAGAAUGCACAGCCAAACUAGAGACAUGACUAUAAAAUGGAAGUUUCAAAACUAAGUCACAGAACCCUGUGAUCUUGCAAACACAAGGGAACACACACAGAGACAUCAACCAUCCCUGAUUUUCAGUACCGACCAGGGUUACCUUGGGCAUUUAGAGUAAGUCAGUCCCAUGACUGUGGGUCUCAUGUAACCACAGCUACUUGGAGGUUUUUAAACUGCAGUAUUUCUUUGUUCUUCAGUGUCUGACAAUGCGUGCCAGGAUGGGCACAUGAUAAAUGUGGUUGAAUGGAACUGCAGGGACCACCCAGGGUGGUAGCAGUGAGGUGAGGGGUUCACGGCACUGACAAUGGUCCCUAGGGCUUCUUCCCAGCUUGUGUGUGGGGAUGGGGGUCCUUUCUUUAGUCCCCCAGUGAUCAGACUGGGCAAACUCGCUGAUAAACAAGGCAGGGCACUGACCAGGAGUCUUGGUAACUCCAGUGCCUGGCUGCCCAGGUUAGCACGGAAUAAGACACAUUCUAUUUAGAAACUUCAACCUUUUUAAUGUAGCUGAUGAAAGUUGAAGGUGAGGCAGCUUCAGGUGAUGGAAAGAAAAAUCUCUGAGAGGCAGGAGAUCUCAGUCUCAGCUACUUUGUGAGCAGUGAUUUAACCUCUUUAAGCCUCAGUUUCACACUUGAAAUAGGCACCAAGGGAGGUUUCAAGUUUCGAGCUCUUCCCGGCUGUAAACUCUGUUUUGGCAGAGAUGCUGGGGAGACACGUGAGUCAGACAGUGGAAGGGUAGGAGGCAGCACGCUCUCUGCCUAGUCUUCUUUCCAUCACUGCUGAUAAAUGAGUGUGAACACUGCCCUUGACCCUGCAAUCAUGUCAUGCAGGUGGUGGCUGGGUGGGGGUGGGGGGUGAUCCGAUCGACUGCUCUGUUCUUUAACUUCAGGGCCUUUUCAAUUCCUGGCAGCAGCAAGGCACCUGAGCACUCGUCAGAGCUGCGUUUGGAGCCCGUCAGCAGUGCUGCCAGCUUUACUUCCAUCAAACCCAGGUUUUUGUAGCAACCAGUUGAGUGAAACCCUUCCUUGUAGUUUGUGUGCAGAAGAUUUCAGUGAAUUGAAGUCAUGAGCCAUACAGCCAAGGUCCUGAGAGCCGUUGACCUAUGUCACCUGCUUGGGAGGCUUGCUUUGAUGGUCAUCUCGUUGUGCCUGCUAAGACCAGGAGUCACAGCUUUUGACAUCAAUGUGAAUAAAAACAUUUCCUGCCAAAGGUAGAAACAGACUUUGCUCAUCCCUCCACCCAUCAGAGAUCUUGCUGUUUCUUUUUAAAUUGCCUUUAAUUUACUGUUCCACGGCAAGCCAGGUGUUACAUGUUCCCAGAUGAUCAGGAAGAUGGUAAUUGGAUGUGACAAGCUGUCACUGAACAGGAUAACUGCCCAGUUUGCUCUGAUCUGUGAGCAAAGAUGCAUAUGCCUUUCACACUUGUCUGUGAAGUCUUGGCUUCACCUUCGUUAAAGUCAUCAUAGCUGGCAUUCCUUAGGUGCUAGAGGUGGAUGCAAAGGGUCGACUGACUGCCACAUGUUUUGGCGGCACUGCCUCAGAAACCAGAUUCACUGCCUCAGACGUGAAUCCUAGCAAAGGUGGCCAUUGACACUCUUCUCUGAGAGGUUGGAGGUAGUGAACCACCCCUAUCUACCACAUUCUCAUGCAGUAAGUAGAUGACAGCAUAGCCUCCGAUUCCUUAAGAACGAAUGUCAGAAUCCUAGGGCUGCAUUUUCUGAGACAGCUCCGCUAUGGUGUACACCGUCAGCCAGCAGCACACCCUGGAAACUGUCCUGCUGACCUGUGUGCAGUUGGGGAUACAUGCGGACAGUUCGCUGAGUGCUUCUCUCGGGUGGUGCAGCCAGUUUUGAGGCAACACAGAGAGUCUACACAGGCAGCUUCUGCCUUCAUGGAGCUCAGACACUAGUGGCCAAAGACAGGCGUUCAUCAAAUAAGCACAGAAAUGAGGGUGCAGUUCUAAACCUAAGUAAGCACUCUACAGUAAAGGAAUCUGCCUUCUAAGAGAUGAUGAUAAAGGAAGCUGCCCUUGACUCAGAGCAGGCUUCCCCCAGGAAAGCGGCUGGAGAUGACCUCCUCUGAAGGGUACCGAUGCAUUAACUAGGAGAGGAAGGGGCGGGGCACGGGGUGUUCCUGUAGGCUGUAAGCAGCGGGAGCAGCAUGUGCAAAGGGCGUGCAAAAACAAAGCAGAGUAGUAACAGGCACAGAAGGGCUCAGUGUGACCAGAACACGGACCACAGGGGUGUUUGAGGCUCUGGCAAGCAUUUAAGCAGGAGCCCAGCAUCUUCUAUGCCACCUCAAAGAUGAGGACUUUGCCCUAAGAGCCAUGUGUCAGCGGUGGCAGGCUCUAAUGAGGGGCUUGGGUCUGUCUGGCAAGAGAAGCCCAUCAAAAGCUCUGGGGUCCUUGUGAAAUUGAGGCUCGCACGCCUCCAUCUUCAGGGAGGGUCUGGCAGGAUGAUCAUGUCCUUCUUUCCAACUUUCAUCAGCUUUGUAUCAACUGAAAGGCAGGGUCCUGAUCCUGUGAAAGAAUUGACUUGAGUGUCUAACAGUGGGGCCACUUUCUGGAAUGGGGGAGAAACAACAUAAAAAAAAAUCCUAGGUCAUUAACAGUGUUGCCUAGAAUGUGAGUAUUAACUUUCUACACAUGAAAACAUGUGGCUUUCUAUUGUCAAUAGACACCAUGCGCAUCCACCUGCUGCAUCAUAGGACUUGAAAUGACUGGAUUCCUGGGGCUCUAUCUCUGCCUGCAGAGUGAGGCUGCCUAAGGUCAGCACUCACCCAGUGUGGACACAUGGCAAAUGGGGAGAGGGAACAGACUGAGAGGCACACAGACUGGGCAGAUGAGUCCCAGCUCUCCCACUUCCAGCCCACAGUGGCCCGGAAGGGCUGCGUGACUGUGGGGAGGUCAGAGCCGCAUUACCCCCCUGCGGGUGUGCAGUGACGCACAGGGGCUGCAUUCCUGGCCCCGGGGAGGAAGGCUCACCAUUCAGAUGGUGACUGCUUCAUGACACAGGAGGGGGAAGAGGGAGUUGGUGCAGAGUUAGGUGUCCUCUUUUUCAUUUUUUUUUUUAAUCAGGCCUUCAUUAGUAUUCUGUGGAGGCUGUAAUUUCUUUUUAAUCUAUUUUUAAUUGAAGCAUAAUUUACUCAUGUUAGAGUGUUCUCUUUUUAGUUCUACAGUUCUAUGAAUUUUGACAUGCAAAUUUUUACAUUUGAGUAGCUGUUGCCCCAAUCAUGAUAGGGACUGUUUUGGUCACCAUCCACUUCACUCUUGGUGGCUGUGAUUUGUGGCUAAGCACAGAAAUGAGGGUGCAGUUCUAAACCUAAAUAAGCACUGUACAGUAAAGAAAUCUUUACAGGACACAGAUAGCAUGGGGAGGACCUGAGGGCGUACAGAAUUGGAGAUGGUGCUGUCCCAUCUGGUGGUCCCAGGAAGGCCACCUGAUUAUACCAUUUCUCAAGCUCCUCCCCCCAGACUAUGAGACCUCAAUCAAUUUACAGAGGAAGCUGCCGCCCUCUCGACCUUCUGGAUGUGAAAAGAAGUGUCCUGCACUCCAGACACCAUCCGGACGAACUAUGGGGUUGAGUAUGUUCCUGGGCAAGCUGCUAGUUCCAUAGUGACUUUGUUAUCCUUCACUCCACGCACUGGAGAGAGGGUAUGGAUGCCACUCCUAGCUUUCUGCCCAUCAAAGAGAGCAGACUGUCCUCCAGACCCAGCCCCUCCCAAAAACCACCAUUUCCAUUUGCUGCAGCCUCCAGACAGCUUGCUGCUGGGCUUGUGUUGCUCUCUUCAUUUUGGUUCGUGUUUAUCAUUUCCUGUGAGGCCAUAUCCUGUGCUCUGGAGAGUCUCAGACAAAUUAAACAGUGAAACUGGGAAUGCCCCAUGUACUCCUCAGACUUUCCAUUCUCCUGGCACUGCCAUUGGGUUUCUGCAGUGCUACCUUUUAGGAGGGGGGGAAAACACGUGAAGAAAGACUACAGUCAAACCCUGGCAAAGGCUUACUAAAAAUGGUGAUUUGGGAUCAUAUGAGCAUUUCAGAACACAUUUGUUAAAAGAAGGGGGCAAGGAACAAGGCUUCGGAUCUCCAGAGUUCCUGGAAAAUUUAAUUCCAUGUUCUCAAAGGAAUUAAAUCAAAGCAAGGCAGGAGUCAGAGGGAAAAGGGGAGGAAUUCGGGAGAACGUUGAAAAGCCCCUCUCCGCCUUACCAAGUGGAACACAGGUUUGCUGGACGACAGUGGGGUGAGUUCGCAUUUAGGGACCGCAUCAGUGAGAAACCAGAAAGCUUUGAGACAGGCAGUUUCAGAAGCUGUGUUGCCAAGCAUUGAAUAUGCAGAAGAUAAGUGAGUUUUGUCUCAGGAUAAGAUCUGUAUAAAAUUUCCUUUUUUAACAGAAGAUUUCCGUCAGGAAGAGAUUCAAAAAAACACCUGGCCUGCGGCCCAGGUGGCAUAAUUGUCGCAGACCCCAGCUUUGACUCUUAAUGUUUCCCAUUGGAUCCCUGAAACCCUCCGCUGUCUGUGUGUCUUGCACUGUCUCCAUUGGGCGUGACCUCGAAUUAACCCAUCCCCAGGGUUCUUUUGUCUUUCACAAUCACACUUUCAAAACACUGAAAACAAUUUCGAUCCUGUUAGAGUCUCAUGUUAAAACAACAUUGAGUUUCUCUUGUGAGAGGAAAUCAGUUGUUUGCCUAUAUCUGAACCUGAUAACCAAAAAAAAA